AGUUUGAGUAGUUCCAUUGCCGUAGUUGUAACCGCCGCGCUGGCCUAAUGUCCUCCACGAAAGAGCGCCCUGAUCCUCGCAGCGCCUACGAUUGCGUGGCGCGCAUUAGCCUAUACAGGUCAAUGUUGGAAACUGAAAUGUUUUUAUUAAUGCAUCACCUUCAAAUAAUUUAAAUAUGAGGAGAGACAGGUGAAUUAUUAAUCACUUAAGAUGAAACAAAAUCAAGUAACAAUUCGAGGCAGCCAUUCUCAUGCACUUCUAUUUUAUUAGUAUCUAGUCACGGCAGACGUAUUCUCAUUCCCACUUACUGUUAUAUUCAUCUAAAUGCUACUAAUAAAAAUUAGAGUCUAAUGCAAACUACCAUCUUCUGGAUGGCAAUCUACCUGAACAAGGUAGGUCCAGAUAUCGUCAGAUCCAGGCCUGGGCGGGGACUACAGAAUGAGAUAGAUAUCUAACUCAGAGCUUGUAAUGGACUUCGGGGAUGGCUGGAGCGCAUCAUUAUUAAAUGAGCAGCCGCCGUAGCUUUAUGACUAACAUUAAUAUGCAUAGCUUGAGGGUCAAAUAUAGAGACAACUAUUUUAGCGUAAAAAUUGACCACAACGCGUAUUGGCUUCUAGUUUUCAUCGACAACCCGAAAUUCGUGUCGUGGUACUUGCUUUGCAAAAAGUCAUUUUUUGACCGUAACGCGUUGUGGCAAUCGUGAAACAGCUUUGAAAGUUUUCUGGUCAAUAGUUGAUACAUUUUUCAGAUCUGAUCUUAAGAGUCCUGAUGAGGAUUUCAUUUAUUUUAUUGCAAUGUAAUGAUCUGUGUAUAAAUGAAACUUUUUAGCUGUGACAUCUGUAAACUUUAAGACACCUACAGGAAUAUUUUAUUUUCAAAUAACUGGUGGUUUCUGUCCUAACUGAUUGCUAAGCUACCUCGCACAGCUGUGGUGGAAUGCAGCCAAAAACAGUUCAACUGAAUGCCAACAAAAUGGCAGAGCCGAAACAGUGAAAGCCUUGAAACAAAAUCGCAAUUGUUAUAUGUGCCACAUAAUCUGUUAUAUGCAGAAAACUAUCAUAUUGCGAAGCAUCACAUGUAUUGUUAUUGUAGCAAUCGAUAGUGUUGGUGAGCAGUCUUGAUCCUAUUAAGUACCUAGUGACGCAUUGAAAGAAAAUCAUAAAUCUUGUUUGAAGAAGCAAAUCUUUAGUGGAAGUGUCGCACUGAUUACAAUGUCUGCACGCUGAUGUUUUGCAAUAACGUGCUGCGUUCCACCACGGCUUGCGACGGAGCUGGUGCAAGGUGGCGGUACUACGACACUAACUUCGCCGUGUGGAUGCCGCAUGAGCCAGCCGCGUUCUGGUCUCCUUGGUGGUUGCUCAGGCUUGCUAUACUCGCGCGUAAGGCCAUGAUUAUACAGCACUUCUUUCACUUCGGGGAAGUACUCCUGGAUCAGUGUAUCUUCAAGUUAGACUACCGAUGUAGGAAAUUGUUGGCAUUAGCGUAGCUUGCUUACACAGAAGAUGGAUGCGAUGCGUUGCCGUGUUAUGUAUGUGAUGUCGUUUCCAGGACCACCAGUGGAAGUGGGGGUUACCAUGUACGUGCUGUCCAUCAGCUCUCUGUCGGAAGUGCAAAUGGUCCGCCGGUGGAGGUGGGCGUCACCAUGUAUGUGCUCUCUAUCAGCUCCGUGUCGGAAGUGCUCAUGGACUUCACGUUGGAUUUUUACUUCAGACAGUUUUGGACGGAUCCACGACUCGCGUACAAGAAGCGCGCGGGCGUGGAGACGCUUUCGGUGGGCUCGGAGUUUAUCCGCAAUAUCUGGGUACCUGACACGUUCUUCGUAAACGAAAAGCAAUCGUACUUCCACACGGCCACCACCAGCAACGAGUUCAUCCGCAUCCACCACUCGGGCUCCAUCACGCGUAGCAUAAGGCUCACCAUCACGGCCUCCUGCCCCAUGAACCUGCAGUACUUCCCCAUGGACCGGCAGCUGUGCCACAUCGAGAUCGAGAGCUUCGGCUACACCAUGCGGGAUAUCCGGUACAAAUGGAACGAGGGGCCCAACUCGGUGGGCGUUUCUAACGAAGUGUCGCUACCGCAGUUCAAGGUGUUGGGCCAUCGUCAACGCGCCAUGGAAAUAUCGCUUACAACAGGAAACUACUCUCGGCUGGCGUGCGAGAUCCAGUUCGUGCGUUCGAUGGGCUACUACCUGAUCCAGAUCUACAUCCCGUCCGGCCUCAUCGUCAUAAUAUCGUGGGUGUCGUUCUGGUUGAACCGCAACGCGACACCGGCGCGCGUGCAGCUGGGGGUCACCACCGUGCUCACCAUGACCACGCUCAUGUCUUCCACUAACGCGGCGCUGCCCAAGAUCUCAUAUGUUAAAUCAAUCGACGUCUACCUCGGCACCUGUUUCGUGAUGGUGUUCACCAGUCUGCUGGAAUACGCGACGGUGGGGUACAUGUCGAAGAGAAUACAGAUGAGAAAGCAGCGCUUUGUCGCGAUACAAAAGAUAAUGUCGGAGAAGAAAAUCCCAGCAGAGUGCGCGCCACCCUGGGAUGGGCACUCGCUGAGCAAAGGGGGUAGCCUGGGUCGCGGGGCCCGGCCCCCACACGGGUCGCACCACGGGUCCCAUGGUUCUCACGGCUCGCACGGGUCACAUGGUGCGCCCGCGCCGCCGCCACGUGGCUGCGGCAGGCACUUGCAGGAGGUGCGCUACAAAGUGCGGGACCCCAAGGCGCACUCUAAAGGCGGCACGCUAGAGAGCUCAAUUGAAGACGCGCCAGGCCCACCUUUGCAUGCGCUGCAGCCCACUAAGGACUACGGCAAGUUCCUGGGCAUGACGCCGUCAGACAUCGACAAGUACUCGCGCAUCGUGUUCCCGGUGUGCUUCGUCUGCUUCAACCUGAUGUACUGGAUCGUGUACCUGCACGUGUCAGACGUGGUCGCAGACGACCUGGUGCUGCUGGAAGAGAACAAGUGAACCCCCUUCCUUCCUACCCUUCCCUCUCCCGCGCAUCCCGCACCCCGCACCACUACGCACGCUCGUGUACAUAACUCAUGUAAUAUAAUAUCGAUUAGCAAAACGCUAGUGUCACGACCCCUAGUAGACGUAACUGACGGUCUGAUAUCGUACUUAGAUGUAGUUAGGGCCUCGAACGACUUGUACAGAAAUAAUGUAAAUACGAGAUACCUUUAUAUGUACUUGUGGCAGUGCCGCCCUCUCACGAUCAAGUUGCUCAUUCAGACUUUGAUCACCAUGAUGUUCGAAUUUUCGAAAUUGCUCAAAAAACUGUAUUAUGUGUAAGUGAAAACCUGAACUAAUUAUAAUAUUUCUUAUCUUACUGACCUCCAUAUUAACGGAACACUAUCCUUCUGACCUCUGAGGUUCAGACUCCCAAGAUUAGGUGUAAGGCGUUUAUUCAGCGCUGCCAGUAUAUCAGGCCUUCUUUUAGACAUAUUUAUAUGUAGAUGUGGAUAGGCAGGUAGGGUAGUUUAGUGUCUCCCGGGGCGGCACCGUCACACCGCGUUAUACUCAGAGCGGCAAGCAUCUAAUCAUGAGAUGAAGAUGUUUAGGUUUUAUUAACUAGAACGGAACUGUUAAGUAUUGUAAAGUUAUAUUACUAGUAGGUAAGCACGGUAAGGCACGAGACUAUUUUGCAUUCACAUGCAAUACGUUCGUCUUGUAAUAAAGACUAACAUAACGAA